AUGGCAGCGCCACCUGAAGCAUUGCAGAUAUUGUCGAGCAAGGUAGCAGAGCGCUACGCAAAAGCGGUGGAGAAUGGUGAUGCGUUUUUCUACGAUUCGCACGUCGACGUCGUUGGCGGCGACGUCAAAGAGAAUGUCGAAGCAGGCGCACAUGUGCCUUGGCAAAUCCGCAUGGUGCCUGCGCUUUUAAAAAAGGACCAGGCAAUGGAUGCAGCGCAAAAAAGCGAGCCUCCUAAAGAAUCUGUGCAGCAGAACAAAAAAGACGUGUUUGCCCCACCGUAUGUACCCAACCUGCUCGUGGCCGAGUUUCCCGAGCACACGGUGCUCUUGAAUAAGUUUUGUGUGUUUCCACGGCACCAUCUGCUCGUCACGCGCGAGUUUGUGAAGCAGGAACUACCGCCGAGUCCGGCCAUGAUUGCAUUGGUCUACCGCAUAAUCGUUGCGUUCCCAGCACCGGACUCCGAAGUGCAAAUGCUAGGCUUCUUUAACUGCGGGGAAGCAAGCGGUGCGUCGCAGCCGCACAGUCAUUUCCAGCUGGUCGACCUGCAGCCGCCUGCGAACACGGCAGAGGCGAUCCCGAUCCAAGUCCUGCUCGAUCGCAUCGAGCGCGACGGGAAAGAGUACGACCAUGUGCAUAUGUUGCCGCUCCCAUGGCAGCAAUUUUGUGUACUGCUCGACCCACCCUCGGACGAGGCUGCGCUUGAGUCGUACUUUGGAAACAAGUUUACAGAACUUCUCGAUGCCAUGUUUAGCGUCGCAGCUAAGUCGGGACAGAAGCGUGCAGGCCCGCCGAGCUUCAACGUUUUACUCACAAAGCGUGCCAUGUACGUGGUACCUCGUGCGGAGGAAUCCUUUGAUCUCAAUACGACAGAUUGGGGCGUAUUUUCCGACAAGGAAAAGCAUCAAGCCCCCAAGCAAGUCGGUGAAUUGAGCAUCAAUGCGCUGGGCUACGCAGGAUUCCUCUUGACGCGCGAUAUGACCGAGACCGAGGCGCUGAGCUCGCCGGACAAUGCGCAUAUUUUGCGGGUGCUUACCCACACGGGCUUUCCUAAUACUGCGUCGUAA